CUCCGCGCCCGCUAGGCGGUGCUUGGGCACUGCAGGAGGCGCGGAGGUAGGCGGGCAGCCCUGGGCGGUGGCCGAGCGAGUCGCUUCCCUGCCCGUCCGGCCAGUUCGCCUCCGUCCCCGCCGCCAGCAUGAGCUUCGCACCGCAUUUCCUGGAUGCCGGGGCGGUGGAGAAGCACUGGCCCGCCUCCCGCGCCCUCCUCUCGGCUUUGGAAGCCGCCUUGGCCGCCUUCUCCAGCGGAGCCCAGGGCGGCGUGGUGCAGCCGCUGCGCACCGUCAUCCCGAUCCAGAAGCACCGCGGCUUUUUAGGCGUCAUGCCCGCCUACAGUGCAAACGACGAUGCUCUGACAACCAAGUUGGUGACCUUUUAUGAGAAUGUGUCUCCUUCGCACCAAGCGACGGUCUUGUUAUUUGACCCAGCGAACGGCAACCUCAAAGCGGUGAUGGAUGGCAACGUCAUUACGGCCAAGCGUACGGCAGCUGUUUCGGCAAUAGCCACCAAGUAUUUAAUGCCUGCAGUUUCCGAAGUCCUCUGCAUUUUAGGAGCUGGUGUCCAGGCCUACAGCCACUAUGAGCUUUUCACAGAGCUGUUCUCAUUUAAAGAGGUUAGGAUCUGGAACCGCACCAAGGAGAAUGCAGAAAAGUUGGCUCGCACGGUGAACGGACCGGUACUGGUCUGUUCCUCGGUCCAGGAGGCUGUCAAUGGGGCAGAUGUGAUUGUCACAGUCACAAUGGCAACUCAGCCCAUCUUGCAUGGAGAGUGGGUGAAAGCCGGAGCCCAUAUCAAUGCUAUAGGAGCCAGCCGGCCUGACUGGCGAGAACUAGACGACAAUGUAAUGAGCAAUUCGGUAUUGUAUGUCGAUUCGAAAGAGGCAGCUCUGCGCGAAUCAGGAGACGUUAUUUUAUCAGGGGCCAGCAUUUUUGCAGAACUGGGCGACGUGAUCUUGGGAAGCAAACCAGCCCUGCGUGAGAAAACCACGGUCUUCAAAUCACUGGGGAUGGCCGUUGAAGACACCGUCGCAGCAAAAAUGGUCUUUGAAGGUUGGUCGGCCAGCGGAUGAGGGUGCAACCAUCUGAUGCUCUCAAGCCACAAAAUAAUAAAAGGAAGAUCGCUGCUGAGCAAAAAUAGCUAAUAUUGCACAAUAAACUGUCUUACUAGGUUACAAUAACAAGAUAAAUAGUAACGUAACAAAAGAAUCAAAAGAUUUUCCUCAGUGUUUCUUAAGCUCAGCGACUUUAAGAUAUGUGGAUUUCCAACUCCCAGAAUUCCCCAGCCAGCAGACUUUAAGAUAUGUGGACUUCUAAUUCCUAGAAUUCCUCAGCCAGCAAACUUUAAGAUAUGUGGACUUCAACUCCCAGAAUUCCCCAGCCAGCAAACUUUAAGAUAUGUGGAUUUCAAUUCCCAGAAUUCCCCAGCCAGCAGACUUUAAGAUAUGUGGAUUUCAAUUCCCAGAAUUCCCCAGCCAGCAAACUUUAAGAUAUGUGGAUUUCAAUUCCCAGAAUUCCCCAGCCAGCAAACUUUAAGAUAUGUGGACUUCAACUCCCAGAAUUCCCCAGCCAACAAACUUUAAGAUAAGUAGACUUCCAACUCCCAGAAUUCCCCAGCCAACAAACUUUAAGAUAUGUGGAUUUCAAUUCCCAGAAUUCCCCAGCCAGCAGACUUUAAGAUAUGUGGACUUCCAACUCCCAGAAUUCCCCAGCCAGCAAAGUUUAAGAUAAGUAGAUUUCCAACUCCCAGAAUUCCCCAGCUAGCAAACUUUGAGUUAGCUUGGGAAUUCUGGGAGUUGAAGUUCACACACCUUAAAGUCGCUGAGUUUCAGAAACACUGGUUUAUCUAAUUAUUCUAAUGUGAAUCAUGUUCUUUCCAUGUAUUUGGAUAGUGACUUAACUUCAAAGUUUACAACUUCCUAAGGAUAAACGUAGCCUGUCUCAUCUCUUGAAGUCUACAUUGUUAGGUCUACUAAAUCGUUCACUUUAUUAGCUGUAAUUUCAUUUUUAUAUGUUCAGAGAUUCCAAAACUAAACUUUUAACUUUGGGUGCCUGUCAAUGACCUUUGUCUCCGAUUUUCUCUCUGAAAUAAUAAUUUUAGAAUUAUUAGAUUCUUAAGAUCUAGAAUCUAAGGAUUGAUUUCUGCUUAACUAUUUUCACAUACAUUUUGCAUUUAAUGGAUAAAGUUUGCCUUCCUUUUUAUUACUGACAAACAGACAAUCAACAAUCAUAAGAACAGGUUUUCAAAGUGGUUAAGAAAAUUCUUACUGCCUUUUUUCUAAAAAAAAAAAAAAAAGUAGAAAAAUGUUGGGGUCAAUCAAUAUUGAUGCAGAAUUGGUGUCGAUUGCAUUUUCUAUACUUUGUAGUUUGUAACAAAAAUAAAAUUAACAUUUCUGAAAAUUCAGAAUGUUCUCAAACGUUCAUUUUUGUUGUUCGACAAAAACAUCAACGGCACUCAAGAGAGGUUGUACUUAGUUCACUUGUGGCUAUGUAGGGAUACUAAGCUGAUCCCUCUUUUAACUCCGCCCCCCACGUUCUGCCACUUCUCCUCCUACAGAGUUUAAACUAGUGGUGGAAUUCAAAUUUUUUUACUACCGGUUCUGUGGGCAUGGCUUGGUGGGCGUGGCAGGGGAAGGAUACUGCAAAAUUUCCAUUCCCACCCCACUCCAGAGGAAGGAUACUGCAAAAUCCCAAUUCCCUCCCUACUCUUGGGGAAAGGAUACUGCAAAAUCUCCAUUCUCUCCCUACUCCAGGGGAAGGAUACUGCAAAAUCUUCAUUCCCACCCCACUCCAGAGGA